AUGCUGCAGAAGCUCGCCUUAGCGGUCAAGUCCAAGACCAUCGAAUUCUUCGCCGAGGAGGACGAGGAGGACGAAGACCGGGCCGGCGGGGCCGAUCUCGACUCCGCCGAGGAGGUAAUCACUGGCCAGCGAGUCGUCGUCAUCAAACCCGACAGCCCCAUCGGCAGGGACAAUGGCAGCAGGAAUCCCUCGGCCCCCAGGUCCGCAAUGCCUCUUCUCCCCAAGAGCCCUGAACAGAUCAGCCGUGGCCUCAUCUCUUCCGUCUUUGCCACCGUCUCCUCAUUCCACGCCGCCUACCUCAACCUCCAGAUCGCCCACGAGCCGUUCCAGCCCGACGCCAUUGCGGCGGCCGACCGCGCCGCCGUGCUCCACCUCCAGCGUCUGUCAGAUCUCCGCCAGGCCUACCACCUCCUGCGUCAGAGUCCCGAGGGCGCUGCCGCUCGAGGGCUGGCCGUCUCAUCGCAGGUGCAGGCUCAGGUUCAGGAGAACCAGAGUAUGCUCCGCAAGUUCGAGGCUGUAUUCAACCGGCUGCAGUCCGACAUCGAUGGGAAGGACGCUGAGGUCUCUGCACUGAAGGAACAGCUGAGGGAGAUGGAGGCCUCCAAUUCCCUCCUGGAGAGGAAGCUCAAGGCCGGAUCCGCCUCUCCCUCCGUGGACGACGGCGAGAAACUCGUCCUCUCCAUCGGGGUCUUCGAUGCUGUUCUCAAGGAGGCGUACAGAGCGGCGCACAGCUUCACCGGGAUCUUCAUCAAGGUUCUGAAGGCGUCCGGGGGGGACCCCAAGGCUGCUGCGAAUUCCAUCUACCAAGAUGUGGGGUUUCUGAAGGGAGAUCACCACGGCUACGCCCUCCUGUCGUACUUCUGCCUGGGGAUGUUCGGGGGCUUCGCUUCGGAAGAGUUCAGCUCCGACAGCCAUGGAGAUCGUCCGAGUGCCGGCAGGAAGAGACAAUUCUUCAGGGAAUUCAUCAAGCAAUGCCUGGUCGAUCCCACAGAGCUAUUGGCCACGGAGCCCGAGGGCCAGUUCGCCAGAUUCUGCGAGAGAAAGUACUGUUCCCUCAUCAAGCCGAGCAUCGGAUCAUUGCCCCCCUUCAAUGCCGCCAUGGACACCCCCCUGGGCCCGUGGGGGCCAUCGAAUCCGCUCUACGAGCCGUUCGUGAGCAUGAGCAGCUUGGUGUGGGCAGCUUGCAGGCUGGCCAUGGCAUUCGAGGGGCCGAUUGAGAUCUUCCGAGUCCAGCCGGGAGUUGACUUCUGCAUGGUUUUCAUGGAGAACGUCCUCGGGAAGAACACACUCUUGGGGAUGAACCUUGGGAGGGCGAUGCCGAAGGUGGGUUUCACUGUCUUUCCUGGUUUCCGACACGGUCCUGCAUCAACAAUACAGUGUAAGGUUUACUUGAAUUACAGAGAGUCUUCACCAUGA